AUGACCCCUUCUGGCGUUAUGCCUGCAUCACGGAAAGGAGAUAACAGUGAUAACACGACUGUGACCCUCAAAAUGGAGGAACGAAAGUUAUUCCUCGGUGGUCUGCCGUACAAUUGUGGGCAGCGAGAACUGAAAGAAUACUUCUCCCAGUUUGGUGAUAUAGAUGAUGCAACAGUUAUGAUCGAUCAUCUCACUGGACGAUCUCGAGGCUUCGGCUUUAUUACCUUCCAAUACUCUCAGGAUAUGGAGGUUUGUCUUGAUAAUAUACCCCACGUGGUAAUGGAUAAGACAAUAGACGUUAAGCGAGCAGUAGAGGGUGGUCUUGGGCCAAGAGGCUCACGACAUCAUCAUCAACAACAUCAGCAGGGUGGUGGUGAUGAUGAUAUGAAGGGGUCUUGGAGUAGACAUACCAAUCACUAUUACUUCUAUGGCAGAGGGGUUUUUGGUGGUGGUGGAAAAGGAGGAUAUAGGGGAUAUGGUGGUGGGAAGGGGGGCGGCGGCAAAGGGGCUUUAUCAUCAUCAUCACUACCUUAUCGGGUACCUGAUGAUCCAUGUAAGGUCUUUAUUGGUGGUCUACCACCUUCCGCUGAUGAUGAUAGUUUGACUGAUAUGCUUGCUCAAUAUGGUACCCUUGUUGAUUGUAAUGUAAUGAUUGAUAGAGGCACUGGACGUAAUCGUGGCUUUGCGUAUGCAACUUUUUCGACACCUGCUGGUGCUAAUGCUGCUUGCCGUGGUGGAGAUAAUAACAUGAUGGAUGGCAAAUGGGUUGAAGUAAAGCCCUGCACUCGGCUUGAGUUCCCCUCCAUGGACACGUCCAAGCCUACCUCUAGCACUGUGUAUCGAUGCCAACAACAACAACAAUCACAGAAGGACGAGCCUCCCAGCCAAGCAGGUCCGAAGCCCCAGCACCACCACCACCAGCAGCAGCAGCAAAAGGAGUUCUCUGACGACCCGUGUAAAGUUUUCCUAGGUGGCCUUCCACAGUCAGCUGAUCAGAAUCGUGUUACUGAGUAUUUAUCUCAGUAUGGGGAUGUACAGGACGUUACUGUUAUGUACGAUAGGAAUACUGGUAGACAUAGGGGCUUUGCUUAUGCAACCUUUGGUAAUGAUAAGGAUGCAGUAGCAGCAAUCAAUGGGGAUAAUGUUAUAGAUGGCAAAUGGGUACAAGUGAAGCCCUCAUCCCGUAGUAUGGAGCACGUGGGGAAGGCUUUCCAGUCUACUACUCAACAAACUGGUGGUACUUACUACCGUAAUGGUAGUGGCAACAUCAGCAGCAGUAGUUAUAGCUCCAAGACUCCUGCUGUUGGUAAUGCUGUAUACUAUCGGUCACACCGUCAGCGUAUACCACCACCACCACCACCACCACCACCUUCAUCAUCCUAUAGACGAGAGGGUCGGUGGCGAUGGCGGGAUACCUCUCCCUCUGCUGGGUCUUCAUGGAGGAGACAGGAGACAAAACAAGAAGAACUAAAGGGAGAGCAGCAACAGCAGGAGCAGCAGCAGCAUGCCGAGGGGGUGGAUGAGGAUGGAGACCAGCAACAGGGGGAUAUGCAACAGAGAGAUGAUGAUCCUUUACAGGGGAUAGGAAGGGGCUUAUCUCCUAUAGAUAAGCAACAGUCUCAGAAGGAUGAAGAAGAAGAAGAUCGGGGUAAUUCGGAAGAAGAGCCACCACCUGAAGCAGCAACAACAGGAGGAGGGCGGCAAGAGGGCGGCGUUACUGUGGUGAAUAGUGGAGAUGGGGCUGAAAGUGGACAGCAAGUACUAGAGUCUGUGAGUACUCCUCAAUAUGAGAACACUGUACCCGACAAGACUACUACACCAUCACCAUCAACGAGGCAACAGCAGCAGCAGCAGUCGACAACAGCUACUUCAUCAUCCUUACCUGCUCCUCCCCCUCCACCUCCACCUCCUCCUCCACCUGGUACGUUCAUACCCAUGAAUCAAGAGCAAGAACCAUUCACGGCGCCGACAAUGGGAGCCAACACUAUACGGGGGAGGGCACCUGCUCCUCCUCUUGGCCUCGAUGCCUCAGCAGCUCCACUACAGCCUACUAUGGGGGAUGGUUCGGAUAGGCAAGAGCGCAAGGAGGUCUACCAGCAGGGUGUGGUAGAGAGGAGUUUGAUGCUUAUUUUGGGCAGUAUGGUGUAUUAG